CUGCGUUUUCCACCGGAGCCCUCUUCCUCCCUUUUCUCGGCGAGACCACUUCGAUUGAGUUGUCUUCGUUACACUCCUCCUGCAAAGGUCUCCCACGGAGGACUCCACAGUGCAAGAGUGUGACGAAGACAACUCGGUCGAAGUGGUUUCCCCGAGAAAAGGGAAAAAAGGGCUCCGGUGGAAAUUGCAGGUGAAGAACCGGUCAGAAAAACUAGAAGGAGGCCGGACCCGUUUCUCCAUUUUUGCCCACGGAGGCGGACUCUACACCAACAUCGAUGACAACGAUGUUUUCGAAACAUCAGCAAAAUCGAUGUUUAGCGGUGCAACAUCGAUGUAUUUCCGUCUCCAAGGCACAUAGAGGAAUACUUACGAAUUUUAUACUUGUUGGUGGUGUUGGUGUGAGUGUGGUGAUACUUAAACAUGGACAGAUUUUUGAAAACGUCUUCCAACAGAGAUCCAUCCACCAUCUACAAUCCGUUGCACGGAUUGUACAUAAGGUUUUGCUGUUCCGAAAUUUCCCAGUUAGUUCCCUUUCCAAAUUUGACGGACUAUUUUAUGCGAUGAUUUUUCGGUGCAACUCUGAACUCUUCUUCUUGAAAGUGGAAAGUGAAACAUUCACUACGAAAACGUAAACAACGAUGACGGGAAAUUUUUGAAAAUGGAAGUCGCCGAAGCAAUAGGUAUGAACAUGCAGUCAAUAAUACGCGAACCGCCGAUGGCAAGCUGAGGUGGACCAUGCAGAUGCAGCUCCUGCUGAUCGAUAUUUGGUAGGAGAGCAUCAAGAAGUUGCAGGGAGCCCGAAAAACUGUCCAUGUUUACAUGGAGAUGGCCCAGACCUUUAUGGAAGCUGGGUUUUGAUGUGUCCUACAAGGACGUCCGGCUUAAAAUGAUAAAUUCCAGUCGGAUUUGUUGGAGCUGUUGAGAAAAUCAACGAAUUCCU